AUGUCCUCCGAGAAGACGACUACGCCCAAGCCGGGUAUGUCGCUCUAUGCGAAUUUGCUCGACACUCCUGAGGGCGCCUCCAUCUCGCGCGCGCCGGUAGUCUUCAAGCAAGCUACAGACGCUCCCCAAGAUGACCCUGCCAUGAAAAAGCAGCAGAUAAGUGCCGGUAGAGCUUAUACCCUCUCUCUUCAAACAGUCUGUACCGACAUGAUUGGCUCACUUGUAUCCCGAAAACCCUCUUUUGCUUCUCUACGGUUUCAGCCCACAAAAAGACCACAGCUGCCUUCUCAGAGGCUAAAGGCGAAAUCCGGCAUCUCGAAACCGCCUGUUAUUACAAGCUCAGCAAGUCCUGCAACCCCAGACCAGGGUACUACGAGUGGUGCAGUAACCGCCGGCCGUCCAACUGGAAAGUCGACGAUUGCAGAUUGGACAGCCACGGCGGACGAUGACGAUGUUAAUGGAUAUUAUGGAGGAGAAAAGAGGCAACGCGGUGGUAGGAAGAAACGGAAAAAGAACUACGAGUCUGAGGUCAUUAUACAGAACUGGGAUGACAUCUACGAUCCAACGCGCCCCAACAGCUAUGAGGCAUAUAAGCAUAGCGAUGAGAAGAUACGAGAGGUUAGAGAGUGGAAGGAUCGGCUGUAUGCCCAUCGACUGGCGCAACAGUAUAACAGUGAUGAAGACAGCGAUGAAGAACGAUCGAGGCCGCAAAUGAACAGACAAUUUGCUCCUCCCUCAUCUUUUGCGCCGCCGCCCAACCUGAAUGCGCCCCCGGAAGAGUCUCCAGAGCCUCAACGUACGUUCUCGGAAGCUGUCCCACAGCCCGCCGUAGAAAUUCCUGAUGAUUCAACCGGCGAAGAGGCGUACGCGCGACGAUUACGGCUGAGUGCGAACAUCAACCAGCCAGAGCCACCCCCUCAACCCUCGCAGCCAUCACAGUUAUCACAGCCAUCACCUACGAAUGAGGCUCCCGAAUCGACAGCUCCAGCUAGCCAUAACUACAGUGCAGCCACCAUAUCUCGCCCUCCUGUUCGAUACGCAUUGCCUGCAGCACCUGGAGAUCUUCCCGCUACUGAAGCUGAACUUGAAGAAACAUUGGCAAAUGAACAAGAAGAUGCAAACAAGGAAGGAGAUGAAGAUGCCCCUCGCUCCCUCAGACCAGGCCAGAAGGGCUUCGCAGAGCGACUGUUAACUAAAUAUGGCUGGACAAAGGGCUCUGGUCUUGGAGCGAAUGAGUCCGGCAUAGUCAAUCCGCUCCAGGUCAAAGUACAAAAACAGAAGAAGAAACCAGAUUCAGAAGGACGCGGAGUUGCUCCGCCUGGUGGCCCAAGGGGUAAAAUCGUCGGUGGUGGCAGAAAACAGGAAGAGCAAGGGAAGUUUGGCCCCAUGUCUGACGUUGUUAUUUUGCAUGGAAUGGUAGACGGACUGGACUUGGAUGCGGAGCUAGAAUCGGGCGAGCUAAUGCAGGAGAUUGGAGAUGAGUGCGGCGAAAAGGUAUGGCAUCCUUAUAUCGUCUUGAACUUGUGGUUGGACUAG